CAUGUCUUCCUUUCUCAAAAAGUCGUGCCUGUGCUAAAGACGUGUUUGAAUACUUUUUAAGUGUUUUAACAGCUGCAAAAUGUCCGGUACAACCGCCACUAUUCGCACCCGCAAGUUCAUGACCAACCGCCUGCUCGCCCGCAAACAAAUGGUUUGCGAUGUGCUGCAUCCAGGUUUAUCUUCAGUCAACAAAAAAGACAUCCGUGAAAAACUCGCCGCUAUGUACAAAGUGACACCAGAUGUGUGCUUCGUUUUCGGUUUCCGCACCAAUUUCGGUGGUGGCCGCUCAACUGGUUUCGCGCUUAUCUACGAUACCUUGGACUACGCCAAGAAAUUCGAACCUAAAUACCGUCUGGCGCGUCAUGGACUCUUCGAACAGAAGAAACAGACCCGCAAACAGCGUAAGGAACGCCGCAACCGAAUGAAGAAGGUGCGUGGUACUGCCAAGGCUAAGAUCGGCCAAACCGCCAAGAAGUAAAAGUCUACCGGAGAGUAGACACAAGAACAAAUGCGGCUUUAUCGACGGAGCGCGUAUGUUAAUCUUGUUUUAUACAAUAAAGUAUAUAAAUUUUACUUUGUUUACCUUUGAAGUGGUUUAUAAAUACUGUCCGUUCCAAGAAAGUGUGACGAAUGGAGCAAGGGCACAUUUGCUUCUUUAAUUUUAUAAGUAAAUAAAAUUCACUUAAAAGUA